GAACCCCACUUGCACCACGUGAAGAUUGCUUUGAGAAACAAAGCCGGGGACAAUGUUGUGCCUACUGCAGUGCCAAUCAUUGCACCUCACGAGCUGGUGCCCUGGCUCUUAAGCAAUCAACUCUUGGUGCUGGACGACACAGCUGCAACAAAGUUCUGGGAGCAUCAUUCUACCGUCGCCACUCCGGGUGUUUCAAACUGCCGGAACUUCAAGGAUGGUUUUACUGUGCACCCUGUCUGUGUUUACGGCGACGAAGCUGAGUACACCCAGACCAAGCAAAAGAUCCUGGUCAUAUACAUUAGCUAUCUCGGCAAGACGCCGACCCGAGACGUCAAUGGCCAGCCGUGGGACA